AUGGGAAGACUUAUCAAGAACCACUGGGCUCGUUUGAUCAUCCUCACAGCGGCAGCCUUCCAAAUAGGAAGCGCAAUCGAGGGUUUCAUCUGGCCCAAAGUGUUCUGGGACUUUAUGACGAAGAAUCUGAACGGCGCCGUCACGCCUAUUCCAAUACUCCAAAUCCUAAAUCUGCUGAUGGGGCUGAUUGGCAUCGCCUGGGAAUGGCCUUUGAAAUAUGUCGCGGGCUCGAUACCACACCGUAGCAUCGAGUUCCGAUUGAUGCUCUAUCCUCUCAGCGCUCUUCUCGCUAUGCUUCUCUACCAAGGGACGGACCCGGCGAUAUACUACCUCAUCGGGAUCGGGGUUUAUUUCUGGGCUUAUAGCGAAGGCGAGGUGAUAUGUCCCGAACCUUGGACCCUGCCUAAACGAAGCGAAUACAAAUUUUGCGAAUACCCUUAUAUCAUUAUCGGCGUCUGGGAAGAGAUAUAUUUUGAGAAAGAGUCAGUAAUGACCAUUUCCAGCUCUUAUGCUGGAGGAAUCAGCAUUCAAGGUCUUGGUGGUGAUCUAUGCUCCAAAGAGCAAGUGUACUAA